UAUUUUUUUAUUUUUUUAUUUUCCGGUGCUCACCACUUAUCAUUAUGGCUCAACAAGAAAAAUUCCGGAGUCCAUAGUGUUCUGUUCAAUUUCAACAUUGAAUUGCAGAUUAGCCAUCAUGGGGGCCUCAGAAUCCGCUCUCUCGAGUUCGCAGCAGGCACUGGCCGAUGAGAUCACCACCGUAUCCGAACGAUCGCAAGGCGUCGAUCCCAUUUUGGAGAGGCUCAAAUCCCUUCAAAUUUCAAGGCCAAUUCUGACGUCGCCUCCGACGGAAGAGGGCAGCUUAACUGAUAUUUUGAUCAGGAAGCCCUCAUCUUCAUCAGCUCAUGCUACGGUGAAUCCAAAGGUGCUACUGGAGCUAUUCUCAUUGUUUCGUGAGUGGCAGGACGAGAAAGCCCAAGAGAUUAGCAAGAAACAGGAAGAGAUUGAAAAUAAGAUAGAAGUUGCAGAUGCUUUGGCAACCAAACUUCUUCAACGAUUUAAUUACUCAGUGUCGACGAUGAAGACCACUUCACAACAUCUCUCAGAAGUUCACGCACUACAAGUGGAGAUUGGAGAGCUGAAAGGGAGGUUGACUGAGGUUAUUAGCAAUUGUGAUGCAUUGUGCAAAAGAAUUGCUACAGAGGGGCCACAAUCUCUUCGGUCAUCAGUUAAGCCGUUUGCAGUUUCUACUGCCGACUCAGAUAUCAUCCGUAAACCAGCUUCCCAGCAAGAUCUAAGAAGACCACCUUUGACCGAAAACAAACCAGACUGACUUUCACACACUAACUCAUUGCUUGUUUAUAGUCAUUUCUUAACCUUGUGGGCGUCCGUUGUGUUUGGAAAUGGAGUAAAAUCCUUUCAUCUCAACUGAUUUUUACAUAGAAGAAUUGUCACUUUAUAUAUACAUAUUUCAAUAUAGGGAAUUCAUUUAAACUUAUGAAACCAUUGAGAAAAUUUUACUAAUGCUACAAUUUUUGGAUUUUGUCAA